AUGCAUAAAAACAACAGGCAGAAUAGAAGACGUGUGCGAAGGGGCCACCAGCAGAACCCUUGGUUCAGACAACACGGUUCUGACGAGAGGUGUAACACAGCGGCACAGCAAAGCCCACAGGAUUCUGGCCGUGCCGAUGAUGACGAGGCCCCAUCGACCUCAUCUGGCACAGCUGGGAGUUCUUCCGCGCCAGAUCUGCCAGGGUAUUACUUUGACCCGGAAAAGAAGCGCUACUUCCGCUUGCUCCCCGGACAUAACAAUUGCAACCCCCUCACAAAGGAGAGCAUCCGGCACAAGGAGAUGGAAAGCAAAAGGCUGCAGCUGCUGGAGGAAGAAGACAAGCAGAAAAAGGUGGCCAGGAUGGGCUUUAAUGCAUCUUCAUUGCUCCAAAAAAACAAGCUGGGUUUUCUCAAUGCCACCAGUUAUUGCCGUUUAGCUCAUGAGCUGCGAGUGAGCUGCAUGCAGAGGAAAAAGGUCCAGAUUCAGAGCUCGGAUCCCUCCGCUUUGGCAAGCGACCGAUUUAACCUCAUACUGGCCGAUACCAACAGUGACCGGCUCUUCACGGUGAAUGAUGUCAAAGUCGGAGGCUCCAAGUAUGGCAUCAUCAGCCUGCGUGGUCUGAAGACCCCCUCGCUCAAGGUGCAUAUGCACGAAAACCUCUACUUCACCAACCGGAAGGUGAACUCUGUGUGCUGGGCCUCGCUGAAUCACUUGGAUUCCCACAUUCUGCUGUGCCUCAUGGGAAUCGCAGAGACUCCAGGCUGUGCCACCCUGCUCCCAGCAUCGCUGUUUGUCAGUAGUCACCCAGGAGGUCUUGAACGGCCCGGCAUGCUCUGCAGUUUCCGGAUCCCUGGGGCCUGGUCCUGUGCAUGGUCCCUGAACAUCCAGGCAAAUAACUGCUUCAGUACAGGCUUGUCUCGGCGAGUCCUAGUGACCAACGUGGUGACAGGACACCGGCAGUCAUUUGGGACCAGCAGUGAUGUCUUGGCCCAGCAGUUUGCUCUCAUGGCUCCUUUGCUGUUUAAUGGCUGUCGUUCUGGGGAGAUCUUUGCCAUUGAUCUGCGUUGUCGAAAUCAGGGCAAGGGCUGGAAGGCCACCCGCCUGUUCCACGACUCAGCAGUGACCUCUGUGCAGAUCCUCCAAGAAGAGCAAAACCUGAUGGCAUCUGACAUGGCGGGAACGAUCAAGCUGUGGGACCUGAGAACCACUAAGUGUAUAAGGCAAUACGAAGGUCAUGUGAACGAGUACGCCUACCUGCCCCUGCACGUGCAUGAGGAAGAAGGCAUCGUGGUAGCAGUGGGCCAGGACUGCUACACAAGAAUCUGGAGCUUCCAUGAUGCCUGCCUGCUGAGAACCAUACCUUCCCCACACCCCACCUCCAAGUCUGACAUCCCCAGUGUGGCCUUCUCGUCUCGGCUCGGGGGCUUCCGGGGAGCCCCAGGGUUGCUCAUGGCCGUCCAGCAGGACCUUUACUGUUUCUCCUACAGCUAA